AUGCACGUCGCCACCAACCAAACUAAUAAUAAUAGUUCAACAUCUCCAAUCGAUCUUACUUAUAUUUAUACUUUAUCCAUUGUAAAAAUUAAAUCUAUCGGUAAUCAGAAUAAUUCGCCAAAAAUUCGUAAAGAUUCUAAUAAUCAUUUACGUAAGUUGGUCUUAAUUAAUACAUUUAUUGAAAGGAAAAUGGCAGUUUACGAAGAAAUAUUAAAAUCGAAAAGGUGUCAACAAUUACAAAAACAACAACUUGUUCAUCAAUUUUCUCCUCUUACCCCCCCUUCUUCUCCUCCACCAAUGAAUAAACAUUUUGUAAUGUCCCCUCAAAAUGUUAAACAAAAAAUGUUUCAACAGCAACAAAUGCAUCAACAGCAAAAACAGCAACAACAGCUAAAACAGCAACAACAGCAACAGCAGCAACAAAAGCAGCAUCAACAGCAACAGCAACAGCAACAGCAACAACAGCAUCAACAUCAACAAUUGCAAAAAUCUAAGCAACAACAACACAAUUCACAACAAAAGAAGAAAACCGGAUACUCCUAUGGUGGGGGAUUCAAAAGGGUUCAGCAACAACAGCGUCAAGGACCUUUCCAAGUUGUUCAACCCGUUCAAAUUUAUAAUAAUCAAGUUCCAAUUGUUCCUCAAAGAACUGGAUUCAAUUUGGUUCAGCAACCACCGAUUCAUUGGAUUCCAGUUCAAAUACCUGCUCAUCAUCAUAAUCAACAAAUGCAUUAUAAUGUUAAUAAUUAUAGCAUGGUUCAAACUCAGGAACAACAACUUUACUUACAACAACACGUCUUCUUGCCUCCUCAUCCGCGUGGUUCUCACGCCCAACCACUUCACUUGGCCAAGUUGGUUAGAAGGCCUCAAUUGGUUAGAAUGUAA